GAAAGUUGGGAGGAAAUAGCCCAGGAAAAGUGACACUCGCGGAGCCCGCCGGAGCGCGGAGGAAAUAAAAGCGGCGGCGGGCAGGAAGUGUGAGGAGGAGGAGGAGGAAGGGGAGAAGAAGAAGAAGAAGAAAAAGAAGAAGAAGAAGGAGGAGGAGGAAGAGGAAGAAGAAGAAACAGCAGCCGCGGCAGCAGCGGCGGCAGAAGAGAAAGCAAAAGCCGUCCGCCCGCUCGGUGCCGCCCGGCCCGGCAUCCGCGGGGCUGCGCGGGGCUGCGCGGCGCGGCCAUGGCCCGGGAGAACGGGGACGGUGGCGGCUCCUGGAAGAAGCAAGCGGAGGACAUCAAGAAGAUCUUCGAGUUCAAGGAGACGCUGGGGACAGGUGCGUUCUCUGAAGUUGUUUUGGCUGAAGAGAGAGCAAGUGGGAAACUCUUUGCCGUCAAGUGCAUUCCCAAGAAGGCCCUGAAGGGAAAGGAAAGCAGCAUAGAAAAUGAAAUUGCAGUCCUGAGAAAGAUCAAGCAUGAAAAUAUAGUUGCCCUGGAAGACAUCUAUGAGAGUCCGAACCAUUUGUACCUGGUCAUGCAAUUAGUGUCUGGGGGAGAACUUUUUGACCGCAUCGUCGAGAAAGGGUUCUACACCGAGAAGGAUGCCAGCACCCUGAUCCGGCAGGUCCUGGAUGCUGUCUACUACCUGCACCGGAUGGGCAUCGUGCACAGGGACCUCAAGCCUGAGAACCUGCUUUACUACAGCCAGGAUGAAGAGUCAAAAAUCAUGAUCAGUGACUUUGGAUUGUCAAAGAUGGAGGGUAAAGGAGAUGUGAUGUCCACAGCCUGUGGGACUCCUGGCUAUGUUGCUCCUGAAGUGCUGGCCCAGAAACCCUACAGCAAAGCCGUGGAUUGCUGGUCCAUCGGGGUCAUCGCAUACAUCCUGCUCUGUGGGUAUCCCCCUUUCUACGAUGAAAACGACUCCAAACUCUUCGAGCAGAUCCUUAAGGCGGAGUAUGAGUUUGACUCUCCGUAUUGGGAUGACAUCUCCGAGUCUGCUAAAGACUUCAUUCGGAAUUUGAUGGAGAAGGACCCUAAUAAAAGAUACACCUGUGAGCAAGCAGCACGGCACCCCUGGAUUGCUGGUGAUACAGCACUCAAUAAAAACAUCCACGAGUCGGUCAGCGCUCAGAUCCGGAAGAACUUUGCAAAAAGCAAAUGGAGACAAGCGUUUAACGCCACGGCGGUGGUGCGGCACAUGAGACGGUUACACCUCGGCAGCAGCCUGGACAGCGCCAGCGCCAGCGUGUCCAGCACCCUCAGCCUCGCCGCCCCGCUUCCCGACACAGCCACACGGAAAGAUUGUAUGUCUCCAUCCACUCUCUGUAGUUUUGUUUCAUCUGCUUCUUCAGGCGUUUCUGCGGUAGGAGGGGACCGGAGACCCAGACCCACCACAGUGACCACAGUGCACACAGGGAGCAAGUGAGAGCCGGGGCGGCGAGGAGCGGGCAGGUGGCUGGGCUGGCAGGGGUCCUCUGCACCAUCCCACCCUGCCCGGCACCCCCAGCGAAGGACUAGAAGAAAGAAGAUUUUUUUAUGGCCAUAUUUUAUACUGCAAUUCUGAAAUGUUUCAUUUAUCACAAACUGCAAUGACUCCAGGGGGAACGGAUCUAACAGUCUCUGGUGCUGUACAUAUAUAUACAUAUAUAUAUAAAUAUAUAUAUAUAUAUGUGAGUCUAGCAAUGUUCUAACUAAUGAACACUCAUUCUUUUCCCCAGUGAUUUACUCUUUUCUCAGUGUAGGUAACAGUAUAUGUUGUAUUUUUUUUCCAUUAACUACAAACAUCUCAACUGGAUUAUUUAAAUAGAGAUACUUUUUCUGAGCAUUAUUUUUUGUUUCUUUUAAAAAGUACUUCCAGUAAUGUCCCUCCUUCCAGUUUGCUGGAGGAUAGGCUAUUUCUGUAGGUAGGAAUUGACAUUAACUUUGCGAGACGGGAGGAUUUCAAUGGCAUGCCAUUUCUCGCUCCUCAAAUUGGACUGCAAGUCUGUCUGGCUUUAGCAGAGCUGCUACUGCUCAGAUUAAGAAACUGCUGCUUUCCCUCCCCUCCUCCUCCUUGAAAGCCAUGGCCAGAGUUAAAUUGCCACCAGCUGGGAGUCAGCUCAUCCUUGACCUCAUUCCUGAAGUGCUGGGGAUCUGCAGCACCCUUGUUUCAGAGGAGAGGCAGAUACACAGUGUGGGUCAGGAGCCCACCAGAGCUGGGCAGAUGAAAUGGCAGAGCACGGUCUCAUCCCACAGCUCCUAUCUCCUUCGGGUCACUGUGUGUUCAUGAGUAGAGCGAAAGAAAAGGAAGAUGUGGGGCCAGGAGCCACAGUCAUCCUCUGCCACUGACUCAUUGUGCUGCCCUUGAGCAAGACAUUUAAUUCACCAGCCUCCUCCCACCCAUUCUGAGGGCUCCGUGCUGGAGGUGCUGAGCACCUGCAGCUCCUCGGGGGCUUUUGCCAGGCGUUGCUGAUGCUCAGCAUCUCCCAGAGUGGCCAAAAUCGAGUAUUGGAAACCAAACAGCAAAGUUUGGACCUUAACAUCUGUGUGCCUGGGUUUCCCCCCUGGGGAGAGGAGUGAUGCUCGCGUCACUCUGUGAAGCACUGGCAGGUUCUUGGGUGCAAAAGUGCAGGAUCUGGUGUAGCGUAGCUCCACCACGCUCAGCUCUGGCCGAGGGCUGGUGAGCAUCACCGAGCUGGGAAAGCAGGACCUUGCCGAAAGGCAUGAGCUCAGGCAGGGACAGUGGUGGGACCGCCUCCCCCUCCUCCCCAGAAGCUCAUAUACAAAAGGAAGCUCAAUUUCCUUUUUUUUUUUUUUUUUUAAUUGCUAAAUACAUGCACUUCCCAGGCUCCGUGUGCUGGUGCAUCAUUCAGGACCAGCUGCUGUGGGUGUUGUGCAGCCAUGCAUCAAAGCAGCUUCAAAUAGAGAGGAAAUCUGCCUAGAUUUGCUGAAGGGCUCCAGGUUACUUCUCUGCCAUUCCCAGCUGUGAUUUCCCUUCCAGGAGGUGAGAAGGGAGGUGGGCAGCAGAGGCAGGCACCUUUCCUUGGCUUUUGUGAGCUUCUUGCACCCGAGACAGGUCCAUCCCCAGCCAGAGGCACAAGCGAUUCCCCACAGCAUGUUCUUAUUGCCACGCUCGCCUCAUUUAUCCUGCACAAGAAAUUGUGAAAGCCAGUCACAGAUGCAACUGAAUGUCUCAGGCAAUAGUAAUAGGGCUGGGAAAAGCCAUAAAAUACCUAUUUUUCAUUGAGACUUCAAAAAUCCUGCUUCAGCUUCAGUUGGUCGGCUUCGACCAGCAGAGCUGGGAUUUCAUCCAUCAUAUUUUGAGCACCAAAAGCUGGAAAAGCAGGUGGCAGUGAGCACUUGACUCUGUUUGAAGAGGCUGCUCCUUUGGUGGCACUUAAAUCUGUUUCACCUGGAAGAUCUCUGGUUUUCUCACUAUUAAGCUGCUCCCCUUUUUCAGAGGGCUGUGGCACGUCUGAGCAAGCCCCUGGGAGCUGCUGGUUACCCCGAUGGUGGUGUAGCAGGCACGGAUGCUCCUGCAGAAAGGCUUCAACUCCCAACUUCUCGUUUUAGGAAGGAUGCCAGAUAUUGGUCUCUUGGGAGCUGGUAGCAAAACUCUGUAUAAUUUCCCUGAUGAGGACUUCUGACCGAGAUUUGGGCAGAUUGAAGGGAUUCUCCUGGCUGCAAGUCCCCACCCCCAGCCAGCUGCCCCAUUGACAAGGAGUAGGAAGAGCUUUAUUAACAUUUACCCUCAGGGCUCUGUAUAACUUGUUGCAAAGGUAUCUGAAAAUGAGUAUAAUACAAUUUAAACUCAUUUUAAGACCACUUUAUUUUGCCGACCUGAGCAAGGAAGCUUUAGUUCAGGAGAGACUCCUGUCCCAAUAAAUUCAAGUUGUUUUGAACCCCUGUGAUUUCAUAAGCCCAGCUGGCCCUAUUCAGCUCCAGGUGCAGGGAUGUAAAUAGGCAGUCUCCCAGUUUGGUGUUGGUGGAGCUCCCUACAUUUACACAUGGGCAACCAAAGUGGGAUUUGGUUUUACAGGUCAGGGCUCAAGCGCUCCCUCUUCGCCUUCUCUUCUGAAACCUGAGGUCUGGGUUGAACCUGAUGUAGUUGCUGAGGCCACUAACCAAAAUACAGCAUCCAAACGUAUCUUGCAAAAAAAAAAAAAAAAAAAAGAAAAAAGCAAAGCAAAUGGAUUUCCAUCUGCAAAACAAAGAGCAGUGAUGGGAGCAAAGGCAGACAUACUGUCCUGCAGCUGGGGGAGGUGUUCCCAUAUGCUGGGUGCCCCUCCUUGCUGGAUGCUUUCUGUGUUUUUUGUUGAGAGGGCUAUUCUUUCCUUCCACACUUGGAAUUAGGGUGAUUUGUUUUCCUUCCUGCAAGUAAUAUUCUCCCAUAGUUGUGUAAUUUAUCAUCAUUCUCUCUGGCUUGCUAUCAGCUGCUGGGAUCUUAAGACAAGAAACAGAAGCACUUAAAAGCAAAAUUGUUUCUUUCUGCUGCAAUUUUGGGUGCUGGGAAGCUCUUCUUUUGUAUCAGUGGAACACAGCUGGAGACCUGACCGGGGGUUCACCACAUGCUUACAGUUCUCUCUUGUCAUUGAGUCCUGAACUAUCUCUUGAUUAAAAUGUCUCAGUUUAAACCUGGAUAAAUCUGUUAACUGGGAUGACUUGGCAGCACCCAGGCCAGAUUUAUGGAGGGGGCUGGAGCUGUUUGCCCCUCGGCAGCUCAGCCUGGUAUGGCAAACACUCGGGCAUCACUUGACAGGGAUGCUCUGGUGCUGUUGUGUGUCCUUCCCCUGCCCCAACCCACCCCUGCUCAGCCACUGUCACUAAUGAAUGCAAACGCAGGAUUAAAUAGUGUGUGCAUGUGGGGAAGGGGCUAAUAGUCCCAAAGGAGAAGACUUAAAACAAACCCCCAACUGGCCUUGCCAUGAAGGAGCAGGUAGAAGAAUCCCUCUGGGCUCUUUCCCAAUGGGCUGUCCUACUAAAUAAUGUGUGAUUUGCUCCUCACAUGAGGACUUCAGCCUGGACUCACCUGUCUUUUACCCUUUUCUGCUUUACUUUACUGGCACCGAUGCAUUUUUCCUUUAUAACUUGUUUUCCUCAGCUCCUUCCCCUUCUUUUUCUUUGCUUGCAGCUUUGAUUGUUGAUUUUUACCUCCAGAGUCACAGAGGCCAUCUCUGAUGCCAACGGCAGUGCUCUUGCUGGGAAAAACAAAACACACACAAAAAAAAAAUCCAGAAAACCUCCAGCUGGCCCCUUAGCCUGCAGAAGAAGUUGUGAGGACAGGCUGCCUGUGAACUCAGCGAGCUGAAAGGCAGUGUUGCAGUGGCAGGGGCUCCCGCUGCUGAUUUUGCAUGUGACUUCAUUCCCAGUGCAUCCAAACUUUCUGCUGGAUCAUCCCUUCUGCAGCGCGAAGUGGGUAUUGGCCCCGCGGCACGGCUAGUGGGGAGGUACAGGAGUACGGGGAAAAGCUGGCAGUGAUGCUUUCCUGAGACUGUGUUGCUCUGUUGGUGAUGUCUCUUCUGUCCUGGUUGCUAUUGUACAGGUGCCAUUUAGAGUAGUAGGUGCAGAAAAAAAAAGAAAGAAAAAAAAAAAGUAGGAUUUUACCUAUGCCUUGUGUGUCUGUGAUGGUUGUGGUACUGGAAUAAAACCAAGCAAUGGUAGAGGUUCGUUCCUGAUAUGAAUCAAACCACAAAAAGGGGUGUCAGCCCACUGGUAGACAUCUCCAUGUAGCUCUGCGGUAGGCAUUAGAUAAGGGUUUCCACUGUGCACGUGUCCUGCAUUCCUCCAUGGCUCUUGACAGUAUUUUUUCUAUAACCAGUUGUCCUCCUUCUGGGCUCCUGCCCAGCUCUGAGGGACUUUGGGGCUUGUCCAGAGCUUUUCCCAGCUCUGGAAGCCAACACAGCCCAUGACCUCUGCCUUUUCUCCCCAAAACCUCUGUAAACCAAAAUGUGGCCCUCCAAGUUGCCCAAAAAUUGCAGUGGCAGCUGGCCUCGAGGCUGUCCCUUACUUAAACGUGACCCUAUUUUUAGGGAAACAAGCCCCCAGGGAAAGCCAGAAACCUUUUAGCCAUUGAGGAGUGGUGAGAAUAUUGUCCUUUGAUGUGAACUUGGCAUUAACUGGAUCGGAUAUAGGGAAACCUGUGCUAUUAUUUCCCCCUGUGUUAACAAGCUCCAGACCAGAGUAGAACUAAGUGAGCACUGCAUAAAAACACCAGGUUGAUUUCGGCCAACAAGUUCACGCAGACUGUAGCCUCUUGCUUUUGCUCUUUCCAAAGAGUCAGGGGAUUCAUCUACUGGCAAAAUAUCAGUUUCGAGACUGAGCCCUGAGGUACAGGAGUAUCAUCCUUUCAGCGUAUGAAAAUUCCCAUUUAAUGGGAUUAGCUGCAUUCUUGCUCCCAUGCGUAUUUAUCCAUCUGAAGGGGCCUGAAUGCACCCAGAACUUUGUUAUCGUGCUUCUUUGCACCAGAAAUUUGAUGCUAAGAAUUACAGUCAUUCAGGCAAAAAGCGGAAAAGCACACAAAAGGCUACGGUAUCCGAGGAAAACAGCGUGGAAACCACGCGUGGAGGAUUAGUUGGCAAAUGACUGGUGAGGGAUGGCUGAGUGAGGCAACAGCAACCUGCUCGCAAAGGUUGCACGAACAGAGUUUCCCCUGGUAAAUUAGCCAUUCCAGAUUUCUUGCCCAGCAGCAAGUUUUACUCAAUCCCUUCCUUUGGUUUUUUCCCCGCAUGCCUGAGGCUGGGUCCUGCCUUCCCAUUCCAUCUGCCAGGGUGGUCCAGUCUCCGUGACACACGUGUGUGUGUGUGUGUACGUGUGUGUGUGCACGCAUAUUUUGGCCCCAGGGAUCAGAGAUCCCACCAGUGGGAAGUUCAGGAGUUGGUUCAGGUUUUUUUGGUCCAACUUUGCACGGUUGGUUCAAAGCUGUGUAAAUAGUGUUUGUAAUGGAGGAUAAAGACUCUUUAGCCCAGACUCUGGUUUUCAAGACCCCUUCCCUACCACGAACCGUGCCACUGAUCUGUCCAGGUAGCUGUUUAUUUCCUCCUCUUCAUAAAUGAUAAGGUCAGAAGAGCGGCUCUUACAUUUUUUCCAUACUCUAAAGUGGAAUCAGGGCAUGUACGCUCGCAAGCGUUGUGAAAAAACACUGCUGAACUAAUGACAGCAUCAAAUGUCCAAUAAAUGCAUGAUACUGCACUGCAUGUAUUAAACUGCUGUUCACUGUUUCUGUACUUCCCGAUACUUUUCUUUAUGUACAUUCAGCCCAGCCUUUUCUUCGAGGGGUUUACUUCUACGUUUUUGCUUUUAAAUGACUCGAUGUAUCUGUAACUCGAAAUCCAUCGUUAAGUUUGAGUAAAUGCAAAAGCUGAUGUUUCGUAAACAAGAUACUGCAAAGCCUGGUAAUGUAUUUUGUCUUUCUGUUGAAUGCUCUGCAGCAUGUACAGGAAGAGUCACCAUCCAGAGCAGCUUAAAACUAUGCAGCAGUUGCGUACACACGUCUAGAAACGGGGAGUCGGGGAGGGGAGGUUCCCUUUUUGAAUACAAUGCUUAAAAAUUUGAUCUGCAUCAAAAAUUCCUUCCCUGGGUUGCUAAUUUUCAGGACUACUAAGAAGCAUGUUGGUGUGUCUCUUUGUUUUUUCUUUUUUUUUUCUUUUGGUUCGUUUUUCUUAGUCAAAUCUUAGACAGGUUCACUCAAUUCUUAGUAUUUUUCUCUUCCUACAAGGUAUUUCUUUCUGACCUCCUGCAGAAUGAACUGCAUUUUGGGGACCAAGAUGCUGUGAUUAUUUGCCUGCACAAAAAUAGGGCAGAGAGCUGAGCUAAUUAUCCCAUCCUUUCUAAAGCACCACCACCUAAAUACUAGCAUUUGGUCCUUGAACCUCCAUGUAGUACCACCAUUUAUAUGUGGAAGAGUUUGGUGUGGUACUUUUCCUUCUUCCACAUGGAAAUCAUGCCCUUGGCUUCCCUUCCUUUAAUCAUUGACCCAUUUUCAUUUGUGCUGGCAGGGCACAGGAUGGCCACAUGGUACUUCUAGUAGCUCGGGCUGAAUCCUCUUGUGGGCAUCAGCAGGGCAUUAGUCCCAGCUCCUGAGUGGUUGCUGUGUUAGUGUGGAAGAUGCUCAAGUUCCCAAUACUCAGAGUCACCUGAAGGGGCUGGGAAAUUGCUCUGGGUUCCUGGCAGGGAACAGCCAAGCAGUGGGGCUGGAGAGAAAGCACCACACCGGUGGUGUAGGGAGCAAGUUAUCAGUCCUUGGAAAUCCUGCAAGGGACUGCUCCACGAUGGCUGAAAGCACCAAGAAGUCUUGAGGCCACCUUCAAGGCUGGUGUUCAGCCAGGAUGCUGUGGCAUUGCUGAAGCACUACAUGGCAGCCUAAAAAAAAAAUCAUCAUUAAUAAUGGUUGUAAAUCAGCCUGAAUUCAGAUUGCUGAGGCAGCACAUGGUGCAAGGCUCCAUGAGGAGGUGGAUGUGCGCUGUGGUUCCUGGUGGGUGGGAGCUCCUAGGGGGAUGUUCAGGGUAGCUCUGAGCUUUUCCAUCUCUCAUCUGCAUCCCCUGAGCCCAGCAUGGCAUCACACAUGCUAUGUCUUACUAGAUCCAGCUGUAGCAUGACCCCCAAAGUGAAGAGCGUGGAAGGCUGUAGCUCAGAGGGAGACAUGUUGUAACUCAUGUUUCUGGCCAACGUGUCAGCGACCUGUUGCACAAUGGCCUCUAGUUGAGAAACAGCAUUUUGGUCAGUUUGGGCCUUUUUUAAGAUAGAUAUUUGAUUUGGGUCAGCAAACAACAAAAAAAAAGCCCAGUCUGCCCAGACUAGUGACUCCCCAAAUAUCCCCAACUGCAAAACAUCUCUCAGUUGACUUCUAAUGAAAUGCAAGCAUGUUUUCUACAAAGGCUUAAACCUUAACCAAGGAAUGUCGGUGUGCCUAAUAUUGCAGGUCUUGUGAUUGAUACAAGUUCAUAACAGCAUCCGUGUCCAAACAGAAGGGAGAAUGUGUAUUUACUCCAUGCAUGUAUUAAGGCAUCGCAAAAGUUUUAUCUGCAUAAUGAGUUUGCAAUACUGCAAAUUGUUAAUGGGGCUACGUCGCAAGUGGUUCUCUGCCUUGACAAUCAUGUAUACAUAUCGAGAUUUCUAUCAUAAUGACAAUUUAAAGGGAUGACUAAUUGUUUUCCUCCAAUAAAUACAAUUAAAUCACCCUGA